AUUGUAUGGGGCGUUUUCCACUUCAGUUUAUUUUUAGUAAGGAAACUACAUGUACUAGUAUCUGACAGAAGAAUAUACGACAACAUUGAUGAAAACAAGAUGGACAUUUCGAAAAUAGCGAAGCAACUUGUUAAGUCAGUAGCGUCAGCAGAGAAUGUGAAAAUUGGUUCAUUCUGGGAGAAUAGCACAUGCAUCAUCGUGUUCCUGCGUCGGUUUGGAUGACCCUUCUGUCGCCUUAGUUCAAGGCAAAUCUCCGAGUUGAAACCUCGGCUUGAUGACAACAAUGUUCGCCUUGUUGGAAUCGGCCUUGAGGAACUUGGAGUAGAAGAGUUUGUGAAAGGGGAAUUUUUCAAAGGAGAAUUGUACAUAGACAUGAAAAAAGAAGCAUACAAAGCACUGGGCUUUAAGAGACUAAACAUCUUCAAUUUGUGGCCAUCAAUCUUCGGCAAGAAAUCACGGGAAAUGAACAGUGAGGCGAAGAAAAAUGAUGUUGGAGGAAAUAUGGCUGGGGAUGGGAUGCAGAAUGGUGGGGUGCUGAUUGUGGAGAAGGGAGGCAAAUUGUUGCUUAGCUUCAAACAAGAGAAUGCUUCAGACCAUGUGGAAAACAGUGAAGUCCUGAAAGCACUGGGCUUAUCAGCUGAGGAUGGGGCCUCAAGUGGGGGUGAAAAAGGUGCUGAAGGAGGGGCCACAGGGGGGCCAAAGGUUGUGUGCGAGGAAGAUGUGUGCAGACUUGAAAAGUAGAUACACGUAACAUUGUGUUCAGUGGAUUUAAUAUGUAGAUCGUCAGUGUUGAGAAAGUUUUCAAAGAUGGUACUAUUUUGCUUUUUAUGUACAUUUAGUGAAUGAACAAACUAUUAUGAUUGUAAACUCUGUGUUUGGUAUACAUGUACUCAUUCAAAAUACACAUUCAGCAUCUAGAAAGAGUUGAAAUAAAAGUUAGUUCUGUUUUAUUUUUAACAAGAAAUGUGACUUAAAUUGAAAGAAACAGUUUUAAUCAAAUCUGUUGGAAAUAUACAGUAAUUCAGUGUAAUAUAUUUUUGAAACAUUUCUUAAAAGCAAUCUAGAAGUAAAAAUAAUAUACAAAUAUUUUACUUAUUAGCUUGGAAAUAUGAGCUGCAUUUAAAAGUAAAUUACUGUUUUGUUACAUGAUACUGCAUGAUAUAUAAUGACGUCAUGUGAUAAACUGUUUCCAGUCUAUAAAAAGACCGGUCAAUAUGGCUUUUUAUUCUGUGUUCAAAAUUUGCUCUUUGUCCAAUCAUGGGCUGUUUAUUUAUAGAUCAUGUAAUAAUAGCUAUUUUUUUCUAAUUAGGCAUAAUCAAUUUACUGUUUUGAAUGCUCAUUGUUUGCAAUUUCUUAAAAAAAGUCUUAUAUAUACCAGUAUACAGAGUUCGCAGUAUAAUGUAAUACCAAGUUUUAUGUUAAUAAAAUUGAUCAUGAUAAGGCUUUGAAGCCAGAUAUUAUAUAGCAUUGACCAUUAUAAUGAUUCAUAGUAUAAAUCAUUAUAAUGGUCAAACCUAUACUCUAACAUUUGGUCAGCUCAUAAAACUCAGUGUAUGAAUUUCAUACCGUUAGGAGUUUUAUGAGCUGACCAAAUGUUAGAGUUUCCAGCAUGUUGGUGCUCAUUGGUUAUAGGCAAAAGCUUUAGUUGAAAUGUCGGAACACCAACUUACCCAGUAUACUAUUUUCUAAAAUAAUGCUCAUUUUAUCUGCUGGAUAAUAAUCUAUUGAAAUUUCAUUGAAUUGUCUCCCUUUUUGUAUGAUCACAGGGCUUGGUAACACUGGUCAUGACCUGCUUUUAUUGUAACGCUUAGGUAGGUGUUGUUAGUUUAAUUAUUAUUUUUCAUUAAACUUUUGACAAAUAUAUAAUGUAUAUUAAUAUGUAAAUGUUAAGUUUCAAAUUCCCUUGAUAAUUACAAUUGUCUUCAUAAGAUGUGCCGUGUGAUGCUAAUUUCUGUAACCAACUUGCUUGGUGGAAAUUUGGUUGAUGUUUGCCUUCUUAAGACCUUUGUAAAUUGUUGAUGUAAAUUAGAAAUUAAAUUGAUUGUUUUGGGCAUUAUUUCAUAUUAUAUUGAUUUUGUAAUAAACCCAAUGGACACGGUU